AUGCAGACUGAGGGCCGCCACCAUCAUCAGCAUCACAACUUCAGACACACUCGUCACAUUGACGUUGAUGACGACGAUGAUAAGGGAUCCUCCAUCUCCGGGGGCAAAAAAGAUGCCGAUGCGGUGAUGGCUGAGUUGAGCGCUAAGACGAGGAAGGCCAUGGCCGAACUAAAGAAGGACGUGCUCGUAGAAAAGCAAGUCCACGAGCAGUUCGACAAGGAACUCAAGGGUUUGGAACCACUCGAGAAGAACUUAAAUGAGGCGGAAAGCGGCUCUGAAAAAGAUGAUGAUGACGGCGGUGAUGAUGAUGAUGACGGCGGCUCGUUCAUUCAAGAGGGCACAAAGAGCGACGAUGCCGACGAUAAGUUCAUUGCUACUCUCGAUUCCAUCAUGAAAAAAGAUGAACUAAGCUCUUCUGAGUAUGAGAAGGGCCUCGACGACUGGUAUACUGGUUUCAAAAAGGAGCUGAUCAGCUUCGCUAAGAGCGAUGAUGGAGACCAUCAGCCGGACGACCACGACGACAAAAUUGAUGAUCUCUCGCUGGCCCAGAUUGGGGCUAAGACUACCGUUAAGAGAAUCAAGUGCUCAUAUGAUGACGAUGAGGAUUCCCUGUUGCAGAAGGCUCAAGGGUCGGGCGAAGACAACGAGGCUCAGUUCAAGGCUGAAGUCGAUGAAGAGGAAAAUGGUGAGGAGAGGAAGAAACGAUGCGAACACAAUACCAAAUUCGGCAUUGAGCAGAACGAUGAGUGA